AUGGCGUCCGAAUCGCGACUGUACACCUUCUCCGGGGAGACCAAGGAUCACCUCCGCAAGUUCCGACUGACUACUUCACGGGCCAAGGAUCCUCAAGCUGUUAUUUGUAUGUAUGUCUCCUUGUCCGCGCCAGUCCCUCUGCCGCCUCGCCAUGCCAUGCCCAAGCUCACCGACUCGCCAGACAUGAUUGACAAGCACACAUACGAGAUCCGCCAAGAUGAAGACAAGGUCGUUUACAAGUCCCUCGAGGAAGUCGGCGAUGACCUUCCCGACCACGCGCCGCGCUUCGUCCUCCUGAGCUACCCUCUUACCAUGGGUGACGGACGGUUGUCGGUCCCAUACGUGCUGCUCUUUUACCUCCCCGUUACAUGCAACGCCGAGAUGAGGAUGCUCUACGCCGGCGCCAAGGAGCUGAUGCGAAACACGAGCGAGGCGGGACGAAUCAUUGAUAUCGAAUCCGUCGAAGAUUUGGAAGAGAUCCCCGACAAGCUCAAGUCGGGUUGA